CCAUUUAGUAUCGCCAACCAAAAAUAAAUAAUGGAAGAGGAGGAGGAAAGUGAUAAUUCCUCAACAAAAUUUGCCCAGUCAAUUGUAGAACAAGUGAAUAGGUCGGAUAUUGACGCAAUGGUCCAGGUUCAGCGUGACAUGCUAUCAAGAUAUGAGAAGACCAAUGAAAUGUUGAUCAAUUUCAACCUGUUGUCAUUAUCUCGAUUUGAAGCAACAAGUCAGGAAUUCAAAAAGCACACACAAGUUUUAUAUGAAAUGAAAAAAGAUUUAGACAGUGUAUUUCGCAGAAUAAGGCAAUUAAAGCAAAGAUUAGGCUCAAUGUAUCCAGAAGCAUUUUCAGUUUGUAGUGAUGUUUACAAUAUGUUGAGUGAAGAUGAAGAAGAUGGAGAAAAUAAAAGUGCAAAAAAAGACAAAAAGAAACAUAACAAACAUUCCAGUGAUCAUGAUUCUCCAGAAAGAGCAGACGGUAUGAAUUCCAUGCUGGAGAAUCAUGGGAAAAAAAGAAUUGAACAAAAUGGAGGCAUUAACUGUGAUAAAACAGACAGUGAACCAAAAACAGGAAUAAUACACAACAUAUCAACAAACACAGACCAAAUUGAUCAAUUACAUAUAUGUAAUUCUGAAAUUAAUAGUACAAACAUUGAUGUUAAUAGUGGAAGUAAUGAGAAAAGUUCUAUACAAAAACAAACAGAAGAAAAUGGAUGAAUAAAUUAUCUUUAUUGUUUUUAAUCUAGUUGUUGAAAAUAUUGUAUGCACAUUGAAGUUAAUAUGUCUAUGAUUAUGCAUUUGUUUGUUGUGAGUUAUUUACCGUUCUAGAGUUGUUCCCCUUUUUAAAUUGGAAAAUUGACAAGCAUGAGACAAGACAUUUGUGUCCUCAGACACAUUAGUAUUUGACUUCAAAAUCAAAGUUGCUUUUGUACUUUUACAAUUUUUCAAAAGAAACAAACCAUUUAUAUUAAGUCACUUCCCUUCCUUUACAAAAAUUUACAUAUUCAAGAAAUUUAGAAUCAAACGUUUUAUUUAUAAAAAAAAAUAUGUCCUGACAAAAGAUGAAUGGUUGUUUUCCAUAUUACAUUUACAUCUUAAUCAGAAUAUCUAGUGUCAACAUUAUAGUAACAAAACUUUGGAUUAGUUAACAGCAUGUGAAAGUCCCCCCAGUAUGACCAUGAUGACCAAGUUAAAUAACUGGCAGGCUUAUUAUUUUAGGGUAUUUUUUUAAAUAUGUUGAAUGGAUUUUUCAUUAUAAAGUAAAAUAUUCCCAACAUGUGGUAUUCUUAGUUGCUUCGCAUUACUUAUUAGAUUUGUAAUUUAGCAGUUUUGUUUUCUGCUUUUUAAUAGUCAGUUUAAAUCAGAUUAUUGUAGAAAUAAGAUUCCAAAUUGUAAAAAGCUGGAUAACUGAAUGCAUUCCGUUAAAGAAGUACAAAAUGAAAUAAAAUAGGUUUAAAGCUUUACAAGGUACCAUUUAGACAUGUUACAAAUGCUAUAAUAAUGUGUAUGCUUUUUUUUAUAUUGUUUUGUAAUUUAAAUUCCAUACUAUUGGAAAUGUGCAAUAAAAAUAUGAUUUUA